AUGGAGGCCAAUACCGCAGCCAGCCAAGGAUUGUUCCGCCAGUAUUUGCCUAACUUGUCGACACCGCGAUUCGUAGCGAUGCAGCAACAAGAUGCGCACACAUACGCUGCCGAUUUCAAGAAGCACGAAAACCCGCCAUGGCUGUACGCAUUAUACGAGCACUGGACAGAUCUUUACAAGGAGCCUUUCAAAGGUGUGACAAGUGAUGGGGUUGUAAAACAAGACCUAUUUGGCUUGGAGGAUAACCAAGUUCCCAUGGCCGAUAUCAGCGCAGCAGGAAGAGAAGUGCUCAAUGCCUUGGACGAGACGCAAAAGGCAAAGACACUUUAUCACAUCGAUGACCCGCAAUGGCGAACAUGGUCGAAUCCUGAGUUCCUCUUGAGUGAUAAGGGAUUGAGAUUAGACGAAAUCAGCCCUCAAUUGAGAAACAAGGUCCUCGAGGUCCUGCGGCUCACCCUUUCACCGGAGGGAUUCGAUAAAGCUAGAUCAGCUAUGCGACUAAACGGAUUUCUCGGGGAUUUGGUUAACGCUGAACGAGUUUGCAACGAGUUCUCCUACAACUUUGCCAUCUUUGGGUUCCCUUCCGAGACUAAACCAUGGGGCUUUAGCUUCUAUGGUCACCACCUUUGUCUCAACAUUUUCCUAUAUCGAUCGCAACUUAUUAUAUCGCCCUGGUUUACUGGAGCUGAGCCCAAUGAGAUCGACGCAGGUCCGUUCGCAGGCACGACUAUUCUACAGCGAGAGGAUAGACUUGGGUUGAAACUGAUGCAGUCGCUAUCAGCAGUGCAGCAGAGCAAAGCCCAAGUUUAUGAGCUUCUACAGGACCCGUCUAUGCCAAUAGGGCGUUGGAAUCGUGAUGACCAACGGCAUCUGUGUGGAGCAUAUAGAGAUAAUCGAGUGGUCCCCUACGAAGGGAUCACGAUAUCAUCUAUGAACGAGGAACAAACCCGUCUGGUUGAAGCUAUUCUGGAAGAAUUCUUGCUAUAUCUACCCACUAUUCCCAGACAGGCUCGACUCUCCCAUAUACGAAAACACUAUGACGAGACGUAUUUCUGCUGGAUUGGCGGGUUUACUGAUACCGAUGCCUUUUAUUAUAGGCUUCAAUCUCCUGUUAUCAUUGUCGAAUUUGAUCAUCAUUCUGGAGUUUUUCUCAAUAAUAGCGAGCCGGCGAGAUUCCACAUCCACACACUUCUUCGAACACCAAAUGGCGGUGAUUACGGAAAAGCAUUGAUUCCGUUGAUUCCCGGUGAGGAGCAACGCUUCGUGUGGGUAGACAGGGAAAGUACAAGCGAUGUGGCAAGACAGAAUGGUUUCCAGGAGAAAUAG